AUGGGAAACUUGGAGCUGCGGAUCAACCAGCAGCUGUCCAGCCAACCAGAGCCACGGGCAGAACAAGCAAAACAGCUCACGCUCACUAACCUGUCGACCGGCAAGUGUGGGCGCAGAGGGAAAGGGUGGGAGGGGGGAGGAGGGGGGGGGGACGCAAGGACGUCAUCAGAGCGACAACCCGGGUUGCGGCGAAGAGAGGGCGCAGUUGUCUCGUGGGGGACAGCCGCAUGCCGGGCGCGCCUCAAAGCCCGCACUGUUCCCCAGGACGCACACACAGACCCCACUGUCACCGGGAGGAAGUGGAAUCUGUUUAAGAGACAGCUGCUGCCCCCUCUCGGCCCCCCCCCCAUGCCUCCCCCCUCCCUCCCCUCCGACACAGGACGUCCCGCGGAGACAGCCUCGACGUUUGGAGCUGGAGCCAGGUCAGUGACAGGAGCGGGACCCGUCGGACUCGGACCUCAGGCCUGGGACUGGGAGCUGACCGCGGGGGCGAAGGGGAAGGAAGCGAGGAAGGAAGAGCCUCUGAAUGACUGGAAACAGAAACAUGAACCCAGAUUGGCAGGUUUACUGACCUGCAGCAGCAGAGCGGAUCAGACAGUUUGUUUAAGGCCUUCGUGCGAUAUCUGGACGCAGCAUCAGAAGUGGUUCGGCUUCAGUUCUCUCGUGUGUUGGAAGUUAAAGUUUGAACCGCAUCUACAGAUUCCUUUGUGGGUUCUUAUCGGCUUGACCCAGGUGCUGUCUGAGAUUAUCUCUGUGAUCGGAUAA